AUGAAGCUGAACAGGGCGGUUGCGGGCAUGCGUGCUAGGAGGAUCUGGGGUACCGUUAGCUACGCAGCAAGACAACGAGAGAACGAGUUGAAGAAGAACAAGGAAGAGACUGACGUGGAACGGCGUCAUGCCUUUGCCGUGAGGUCCGUCUUGCUCGAGCAGUCUGGCCAUGACGUUCAUCGUGGCACCGAAGAACUGCGCGAGCAGGACGAGCAGCAUGCCUUUACCCUGCAACCACAUCUGAUGCGUCCUUUGCAGCCAUCCGGACGAUUUGCUGGAGGUUUCCGAGCUGGUAUUGUCUUCAUGGCUUUGGCUGGCGCUGCCGGGGGUGUCUUUGGCGGCGUUUGA